CCUAAUGGAGCCGGUGACCACUUCCACAACCGGAAAGGUGUGGGUGGGUGUGGUUCGUACUUGAUCAUGUAUGACGUUGUUGUCAUCGGAGCCGGUAUCUCCGGACUGGGUGCGGCAAGAGUCUUGUCCCGUGAAGGUCAUCGAGUGAUUGUUCUUGAGGCUCGAAACCGACCUGGGGGACGGAUCCACUCCGUUCGACUUCCGCCACUAGAAACUCCUUAUCCUGGUGAGUACCGCAUUUACCAAUGGCUUUACCAUAACCUUUUUUGCAAACUGGGUAAAUUUGUUUGGUUUCAGUUUCAGUUUCAGUUUGAACAACCAUUAACCAUGCACUUUCGUGCGCCGGUU